AUGAAGACAGCAAUAAUCCUUUUAGUUUUCUCCGGCAUUGCCAUUUCUUUCCUUCCGCUGGCCAUCUCCGGCCUUCCUCCACUCAUCCGCCUCCCCACAAAGGCCGACGGAACCAACGCCAUCUUAGACGCGGCCGGCAACCCAGUCAUCGCCGGAGCCAAAUACUACGCCAUCCCAGCCGUCAUCGGCGUGGACGGCGGCAUAAGCGUGGCUAACUCGGACACAGGAAACCCCUCCACCUGCCCCACCGACGUAGUAAUAAACAUCACAUUAGCCGGCAUGCAACCUCCCGCCGUGCGUCGUCCUUUAAGUUUCUACCCUCUAAAGCGCGAGGGCGGCGACGCCGUCAUCAUAUCGCAGUACCCACUGAACGUUGCCUUCGACUCGCCGGACCCAUCUGAUCCCUGUGCUGAGGAGAAUGUUUGGAAGCUUAAUUAUCAGGCGAUGAUAGUGACCGGUGGCGUUAUAGACAAGGAGGAUGAUAUUGGGAACUGGUUUAGGAUUCAGAAGAAUAUUAAUGGAAGAGGGUACCUUUUCACCUGGUGGCCGAGCCUUUGCCUUGGGUGCAGGAUUGGUUACUUUCGUAUUGGCAGAGUCGGCAAUGGAUAUCAGCUGGGAAUCAACUACAACGACGAAUCGCUAUAUGCUUUUGAAUUCCUAAAGGUUGAUGAGUGA